AUGAAAGGUCGUGAUAGGUCAAAUGUUGCUGGAUAUUUCUUAGCUGGUAAAAACAUGAUUUGGUUUAUGGUAGGAGGGUCUUUAUUUUCUAGUAAUAUUGGCAGUGAACAUUUUGUUGGAUUGGCAGGAUCUGGAGCUGCUACUGGUAUAUCAGUUGGAGCAUAUGAACUCAAUGCGAUGUAUCUACUGCAGUUACUAGGAUGGGUUUUCUUGCCUGUGUACAUAGCUGGACUGUGUUAUACUAUGCCAGAAUAUCUAAGUAAACGAUUUGGUGGAAGACGGAUACGAGUCUACUAUGCCUGCCUCUCAUUGGCUUUAUAUAUACUGGUUAAAAUAUCGGUGGAUAUCUAUUCAGCUUCUUUAUUUAUUGAGGUAACCAUUGGAUGGAAUCUCUAUGCCUCAGUAUUACUGAUAUUAGGGCUGACAUCCAUCUAUGUGGUCACUGGUGGUCUAGCUGCUGUUAUUUACACCGAUACAGUACAGACAGUUCUCAUAUUAAUAGGAGCAAUAACACUCAUGAUAUUUAGUUUAGUUGAAGUUGGUGGUUUGGAAGGUUUGUACCAUGGCUAUAUGGCGGCUGUGCCAAACACCACAUUAUCAGGACUCACUCCAGAUUGUGGUUACCCUAGAAACGAUUCAUUUCAGAUGUUGCAUUCUGCUGAUGAUGACCUCAUGCCAUGGGUUGGCUUUUUUCUAGGACAGACUACAGCAUCAAUAUGGUACUGGUGUGCUGAUCAGGUUAUAGUACAACGUACAUUGGCAGCUAAGAAUAUGUCACAUGCUAAAGGUGGUACAUUGAUGGCUGGAUAUUUGAAAAUAUUACCAACAUUUUUAUUUGUUAUUCCUGGAAUGAUCAGUAGAGUUCUCUACACCAAUGCUGUUGCCUGUGUUUUACCAGAGUCUUGUGAGGCUAUAUGUGGUAACUCUAUCAGCUGUUCUAAUAUAGCCUAUCCACUGUUAGUUGUUAAUAUAUUACCCAUUGGUUUUCGUGGUCUGAUGUUGGCUGUGAUGUUAGCAGCUCUCAUGAGUUCUCUGUCAUCUAUAUGUAAUAGUGCUAGUACGUUGUUUACUCUUGAUAUCUGGAGUACGUUCAGAAAUUCUCCUUCAGAAAAAGAAAAGAUGAUAGUUGGCAGAAUAUUGGUGUUUGUAUUGCUUCUUGUCAGUAUUUUAUGGAUACCUGUUGUCCAGGCAACACAAGGUGGAUUAUUAUUCAUUUACAUACAGACGGUUACAGCAUAUCUAACCCCUCCAAUCACAGCAGUAUUCCUUGGGGGAAUUCUAUGGAGUAGAAUCAAUGAACAGGGUGCAUUUUGGAGUCUAAUGGUUGGAAUUGUAAUUGGAUCAAUUCGAUUUAUAUUGGACCUUGUGUAUCCGGCACCUGGAUCAUGUGAAGAAGACACCAGACCACCCAUUGUCACAUUGCAGUUUAUGUACUUUGCACUGUUAGUGUUCUGGAUAUGUGUGGUUGUCAUGGUUGCUGUUAGUUUACUGACACAGCCAUUGCCAGAACAUCGGAUUGUGAGACUGACUUUCUGGACAAGACAUAGAGAGGGUAACUAUGAGGAAAUUGAUGACACUGUAGAACGUCAUCAAUACGAAAUGGAUAAGGGGAAAGAAGACAAAGCACAACGGGAUAGUGACACAGGAGAGCAUGACAGACAAAAUGAAGACCCCACAAUGACAGAUGGUGAUAAGGAAACAAUAGAGACAUCUAUGGAUGGUGAUAGUACAAUACAUCAAGUAUCUCAUACUACUACCACAGCCAAUACUUCCUUAGAUACAUCAUUCUCUGCAAAGGUCACUGCUUUCUUUACUUGGUUUUGUGGUGUCCAAGCUGAAAAACAACUCACUUCUGAAGAGAAAGAACAACUUGAAAAAAGAUUGACUUCAAUUGCACAAACACGACGUGAGAAAUGGAUUUUAAAUAUGAACUUGGUGCUUAUUUUAAGCGUGGUUAUUUUUUUGUUUAUUUUCUUCACUUAUUUAUGGGUAUUGCCAUAUCAAGUUUAAUCUACACAAUAAACCAUGCGCCCAUCCAAACCGACUCUACCCAUACCAAAUCACCUCAUCUCAUUUCAUCCAA